CGACGUUUCUCGAGGUUUCCCGAUAGUGCAAAGGAUCCUCCCACUUCACUUAGUGCUGUUUGCGAACAAGGAUGGAGGAGAUAGCGGUUGCUCUCAGCGCAGAAGGGAUACAGAAAAAAGUAAUCUCUCCAGGCAGAGGGCAGUUAUCAGCAUUUGCCGAUGGAACUAAGGUUAAGUUUCACUAUCGCACCAGCCUUCUCGAUGGCACAGUGUUGGAUGAUUCCAGGAUGGAGGAGUGCCACUGCAAACCCAUGGAGCUGAUCAUGGGGAAGAAAUUCAAGCUGCCUGUCUGGGAGCGGAUAGUCACCACUAUGAAGGAGGGUGAAAUUUCUGAAUUCACCUGUGACACCAAGCAUACAGCACUCUACCCACUGGUCUCCCAGUCCUUGAGGAACAUCAGGGCAGGGAAAGACCCUCUAGAGGGCCAGAGGCACUGCUGUGGCAUUGCCCAGAUACACUCGCACCACUCCUCCGGCCACCACGACCUGGACGAGCUGCAGGCCACGCCCAAGCCUCUCGUCUUCACUCUAGAGCUUCUACAGGUUUUGGAAACAGGCACCUUCCAGCUGGACACCUGGGCCAUGACGGAUGAGGAGAAGAUGGAAGCUGUGCCUCAGAUUCAUGAACAGGGCAAUGCACUCUUCAAACAGGGCGACGUGGUGGGAGCUGGCGAAAAUUACUACAACGCCAUUGCCUGCCUAAAGAACCUGCAGAUGAAGGAGAGAGCAGGGGAUGAGCACUGGAUUAAACUAGACGUCCUGAUGACACCCCUCCUGCUCAACUACUGCCAAUGCAAGCUCAUGCAGGGCCAGUUCUACGAGGUCCUGGACCACUGCUCCUCUCUCAUCUCCAAAUACGAUGACAAUGUGAAGGCGUACUUUAAGCGAGGCAAAGCCCAUGCGGCAGUGUGGAACAAGAAGGAGGCCCGAGCUGAUUUUGCCAGGGUGGUGGAGCUAGACCCAAGCCUGGCACCAUCGGUGGCACGCGAGCUCAGAGCGAUGGAGGAGCGCAUCCGUGGAAAAGAGGAGGAAGAGAAGGGCCGCUACAAGAACCUGUUUGGCGACAAUGCCACUGCCACUACGGGCUGAAUUAUACUUUAGUGUGGUGGGAAUUAAGGAGUCCAGCAGCUGUAAAUGUGGACACAUCGCUUACUCGACACACCCUUACCCCUUUUCAGCACAGGUUUUUAUGUGUCUUUUAUACAAACACACGUCCGAAUAUUCAAACCAACGUAGAUCUUCAUCCUCAGGCCAUGAACGUCUGCAACACCACCAAAAAUGUCUCAUGAUCGCAAGAAAUGACAUGUUGCUGUGCUGCUGAAACCUUCUCCUCGCUCAGAUACAAACACACACACACACACAUUCGUCAUGGACUGGAGUUCACUAGAAUGAAUUCAUCGUGGUGGUCUACACAAUUGAAGUGGCAUGGUCAUUCAAGACAAUCCGUGGAACCAGGAACACUAGUCUUCUGACCUGGACUACAGAUCACAUCCUUACCCUCUCUUCCCCUCUACUUCCCCUCACCAGCACUUCAUAUUGCUCAGUUAUGCCCAUUAUAUUCACUAUUUAUAUUCUUUUAAACUAUUAUGAAUUUACAUGUUUUGAUUAUUAUUCAUUGUAAUCCAUGCUUGAGCUUUUAUGAUUUAACUCCCUCAUUUUGGGAUGGGGUUAAAGGAAGGACAGGGGGGACAAUCAUUGCAGCCACAGGCCAAACUUUCAGCAUUUUUAUUUUAGCAAGUAACGUGCAAGCCAGUGCCACUGUGUAAUGUAUGUUUAAAGUCCUUAGAGUUCAACAAAACUGUUCUGUGGCUGAGCAUAAUGUAUCAUACUUAUUAUCUAUCAUGUAUAACGACUCAUUUUUAAAAGUCUGACACUCUUGGCUGGACACUUAAAUGUCUCAUUUUCAUUCUUAAAAUUGCCUUCAGACAGAAUGAUGUUUCAGGAGAACCAGCCUAUUGUCCCUUUGGAGUUUGUGAGGUGAGCUCUAAUAAAGAAGAGUGUCAUACGGUU